GUGACGUUACAUGCGUCUGUACUUGCAUAGCGUCUAGACCUACCCACCAGGGGAUCAAAGUAGAUGAAGUAACACAUUGCAAAAUCACAAUUGCAUAAGUCAUAUUUCUCAAUCAAUCCUAUAUGUAAACUGGGUCAUCUUCCUGUUUAAAAAUAAACUAGACUACACAACAAUAACAGAGAGAAGCCAUGGCCUCGUCAAAGGUAACUACCGGUCAGGAGAAAACAUCGUGUCACACCGUGUCACACCGUGUCACACCAUCCGGGUUCAGAAAACAAAAAAGAAAUGCCUUAGAUAGAACUGAAACCGAAUAUAUAUCAUUUGACAUUGCUGCAGUGGCAAGUGGAUAAAAAGAUAAAUCACUCUCCUUUCAGUAAAUUCAACCUGCUCAGUGGAACAAAUUCAGUUUAUAUGGAGCAAAACCGUACGCACUGAAAAAUGGGUGGAGCACGUUAAAUGCAGAAAAACUGUAAACAUUCCACUUUAUGAUAAUAUCAAAACUAACCACUGGAUUUUGAACAUGGAUGAUGAUGUGAAUAUGAUCAAGUUUCAAUAGUCCACUCAGCAGGAGGAAACUCCAUCCGCUGUACUGAUAUUGACCAGAUGAGGAGAAUCAUUAACCUGAUAGCAGACAGUGCACAUAUAAAACCCAAGAUUUCCUCACUCAGUAGCUCUUUGUCCAGUCACAGAGGAGGGAGAGAGCUGCCUGACACCAUCAACACACAGCCGGUGAAGCAUCAAGGCAACAACAUGAGAACCAUACUAAUUCCCGUAUUGUUUGUUCUGUCUGCUGCUUGUGUCCCUGCCCUCUGUGGCAACGAGGAAACUCCUGUCCUCCAGCCUGGGGCGCCGGCCGAAACCCGGUCCAGAUUUGCUGGUCUGGAUGACGUGCGUCUCCUGGCGAACGGCCUCCUCCAGCUGGGCCAGAGCCUGCGGGAGUUCGUGCAGAGGACGAAGGGACAGAUAAAUGACAUCCUCCAGAAGCUCAACAUCUUCGACCACUCGUUCUACCAGCUGUCUGUGCUCGCCAGUGAAAUCAAGGAGGAAGGGGAGGAGCUGAAGAAGACCACCGUGGUGCUGAAGGCCAACAAUGACGAGAUCAAAGACCUGUCUGUUCAGAUCAACUCCAAGAUGGACAACAUCAUGCAGGAGAAGAGUCAACUGCAGAACAAAGUGGAGGGCCUGGAGAAGAAGCUGAGCACUCUGUCGCACGGUCUGGUGACCAGCGAACAAGUGGCAGAGAUCAAUGGCCUCAGGGAUGUGAUCAACAGCCAGGAGCAGAGCAUCAUUGAGCUGCUAAACGCUGUGAAGGAGCAGAACGACCAGAUCAACCACCAGAAGACGAAGAUCAAGAUCCUGGAGGAAAAGCUUACAGCCAACACAUUGGCCCAGGACACCAUUGAGAGGAUGCCUGAAAACUUCAACAGUGAAGCACCAACACUCACCCCUUUUCUGACCUCAAGCUCGACCAACAACCCCGAAAUGAUGAACCUGCCAUCAGACUGCAGCCAGCUGUUCAGCAGAGGGGAGCGAGCCAGUGGCGUCUACGCCAUCAGACCCAACGGAUCAGAGCCCUUCAUGGCCUUUUGUGACAUGAGCAAAGAGUACGGAGUCACAGUCAUCCAGCGGAGGAGGGAUGGUUCAGUGAAUUUUGAUCAAACCUGGGAGAAGUAUGAAAAUGGGUUUGGAUAUUUUCAAGGAGAGUUUUGGCUGGGUCUCAGGAAGAUCCGCUCUCUAGCCGCUCAGGGCGACUCUGUUCUUCACUUCCAGCUGGAAGAUUGGAAACAGGUGAGACGCUUCAUCGAAUACAGAUUUUACCUCGACGGUCCAGAGAGCAACUACACCAUUCACCUCACACAUCUGUCUGGAGAUUUGCCGGACCCCAUCAGCAACCACACGGGCAUGAUGUUCUCCACCAAGGACAGGGACAAUGACAAGCACCAGGACCUCAACUGUGCACGCAGCUACACAGGCGGAUGGUGGUUCAACGCCUGCGGAGACACCAACCUGAAUGGGAGAUAUUUCCACAUGAGACCAAAGGGGCGUUCAGAGCGUCGGAGAGGGAUUCAGUGGAAGCCUGCCCGGAAAGCUCCCUACUUCCUCAAGCUCACCCAGAUCUCUGUCUACCCUCUAGCUUCACCUUCCUCCUCCUCAGCUUCCUUUGAGACAGGCAUCUUUCUCUGAUCCGGUACCAACAGUCUCCAGUGAAAAUCCUCAAAACAAUCAGCAUCAAACAGCGGCCUCCUAAGGAGAGCCGUGGCAAUGCUUUUUGUCAGCAGCCAUGGUUUUAGAAGACUUGGGCAGCGAGGAAGCUGUCAAGUCCUAAUAGAUUUAAGGUAGUCACAUAGGACACUAACAAAGCUUUGCAACCCUGCGUACUCCUGUGUCAUAAACAGAAAGCCCCAAGAAUGACUUACUUCCUAUGGCCAGGAUGCUGUGCAUGUAGUUUCUAAUGUCGUAGAACAUCAAAAUGUAUACUGAAAUCUAAUAUACACUGAAAUGCUGUUAGCUUAUUGUUAAGAACCUCAUACCAUGGCAUGAAAUCUAUCUUCACUCACAGUAUCGCAGACAUCAAAAGUUACACAGAGGAAACUGAAACAGACAGCCAUAUAUGAGCAGUUUUUAUAUUGGGUCACAUUGACUCACAAUGUGCUGCUGUGGUUCCCAACACGGGAAGUGGGAGACCCACUGAGCAGGUCACAAGAUACAUCUACAAAACAUAGUUCUGACUCUUCAUUAAUUGUUUCUUUGUCUUGUGAAAUGUACACAAGUGUACUGUGCACAGAUUUAUCCCUUCUGUCCUCUAAAAAUGAUUCAGAAGCAACAAUGUGAAAUUUCACUUGUUACAGUUUAACAUCCGCAAUGAAUGACAAGGGGUCCCAGAUAGACAUUGUUUCAUUUUGAGGGAUUAGUUAGCAACCACUGCUAUAGAUAACACUCAUCUUUACUUUACAUACUCUAUUUUUGAUACAUUUGCUAUAUUUUAUUUAACUUGAAAAAAUAAAAGAAUGAUGGUGACUUCAUUUAAUGCUUAUAUUCAAAAACAUAUAUAAUGUCCUGUUUGUUACCAUGGGCUGUCAAUUGUUUGGUACUUAUGUAAUAGAGUAAUGUCAACUUUGUUUUGAUGCCAAAGUCUAGUAAAUGACUAAUGCAAGUUCACGCUAUUACUACAUACUAAAACUUUCUGUAUGUUGCACUGGGAGGUUGUAGUGUGAUUGUACUGUGUUAUAAGGUGCCCUGAAUAGACUGUAGAGGGCAGUGUUGUUCUGUCUCACGCAGAUAACCUUCUACUCUGAUUUGAUUCGGCUGCUUGUAUAAUUAGAUUCAAUAAAUUAUGUUUGUUGUGUCAACAGACACUUUCUUAAAACCACA